UCGGUCUGCUCAGGACCCGGCUGCAGUCAUGGACCGGGAGCAGCUGCCAGAUACUUCCCCACAGAGCUAUCUAGAUGACAGAGAAAACCUCGUUUCUGAACAUAAACGUAAAGGGAAAGCUUGUCUUCAGUUUGCUGCUGUUUUUAAUGUUGUCAACUCCAUUAUAGGAUCUGGGAUAAUAGGAUUGCCUUAUUCAAUGAAGCAAGCUGGCUUUCCUCUGGGAAUAUUGCUUUUAUUCUGGGUUUCAUAUGUGACAGACUUUUCCCUGGUUUUAUUGAUAAAAGGAGGAGCACUUUCUGGAACAGACACUUACCAGUCUUUGGUUAAUAAAACCUUUGGUUUUCCAGGGUAUCUCCUCCUCUCUGUUCUACAGUUUUUGUAUCCUUUUAUAGCUAUGAUAAGUUACAACAUAAUAACUGGGGAUACUUUGAGUAAAGUUUUCCAAAGAAUCCCAGGAGUUGAUCCUGAAAAUUUGUUUAUUGGUCGCCACUUCGUUAUUUUACUUUCCACGGUUGCCUUUACGCUGCCUUUAUCCUUGUACCGAGAUAUAGCAAAACUUGGAAAGAUCUCUCUUGUUUCUACAAUUUUAACAAGUCUGAUUCUUGGGAUUGUAAUGGCAAGAACAGUUUCAUUGAGUCCACAUAUACCAAAAACAGAAGAUGCUUGGGUAUUUGCAAAAUCCAAUGCCAUUCAAGCUGUUGGUAUUAUGUCAUUUGCAUUCAUUUGCCACCAUAACUGCUUCUUAAUUUAUGGUUCUUUGGAAGAGCCCACAGUAACUGAGUGGUCCCGCAUCAUUCAUGUGUCCACUUUGGUUUCUGUAUUCAUCAGUGUUCUCUUUGCUAUAUGUGGAUACUUGACAUUUACCGGCUUUACCCAAGGGGAUUUAUUUGAAAAUUACUGCAGAAAUGAUGACUUGGUAACCUUUGGAAGAUUUUGUUAUGGAGUCACUGUUAUUUUGACAUAUCCAAUCGAAUGCUUUGUGACUAGAGAGGUAAUUGCCAAUGUGUUUUUCGGUGGGAAUCUUUCAGUUGUUUUCCACAUCACCAUUACAGUGGUUAUCAUCACUGUAGCCACACUUGUGUCAUUACUGAUUGAUUGCCUGGGAAUAGUUUUAGAACUCAGUGGUGUGCUCUGUGCAGCUCCCUUAAUUUUUAUUAUUCCGUCAGCAUGUUAUCUGAAGCUGUCUGAAGAACCAAAGACACACUCAGAUAAGAUUAUGUCCUGCGUCUUGCUCUCCAUCGGUGCUGUGGUCAUGCUCGCUGGGUUCGUCAUGGCCGUCACAAAUCCUCAAGACUGCACCCAUGGGCAGGAAAUGUUCUAUUGCUUUCCAGACAAUAUCUCCUUCACAAACAUCUCAGUGUCUCAUUUUCAACUGACAACACAACUUCCAAUUUUAAACAUCAGUUUCUUUCAGUAAAAAGACUGUUUUUUUUUAAAAAAAUAUGUAUAUUUUCAUAGA